GACACCGCAAUAUUCUGUGUAUAUUGAAACCUCCUCUAACGGACACCUCCAAGUAGCUGACUUUUUUUCUGGAAACAAAUGUAAAACUGAUAAAUGGACAAAACAUCAGCGACCGAGAGUAUCCGGUAUUUAGAGGUUACGAUCUAUGAUUCAGCAAAAUAUACAGUAGUUUCCUCGAUACCUACUUAUAUAAUAAUAUACUUACUGCAGGGUUGAGAGGGUUGCAUUACAAUACGCCAUUGAGUAGGUAGAAAGGUACCUAUAUAAAUAUAAUAUAAUGCCGUGAUUCGUAACAAGGUUUUUUUACGAUGUAUAGAGGUACCUAAUCUUACCUAUUUAUUAGAUAAUAAAUUAAAUAUUAUAUUACAUAUUUUAACACUGCAUAAUAACAUAACCGGGGCAGUAUGUAAUGUCACAGCUGCAAUACUUGAAUAAUUACUACAGCAGUUUGCUGCAGCUAACUGGUGCAGACAAGUGUUGGUCGUGCAAAACGUGCAGUAAAUGGUACAAGCACAGAGAUUCCUUACGCCGACACAUCAGAGACGAAUGUGGAAAGAUGCCCCGUCACCAGUGCCACAUUUGUCAAGCGUAUUUUUACCACAGGCACAACUUGAAGACCCAUUCGUUGAGCAAACAUCACAUUUUGAUUUGAAAACUUUAUUGACUACCUAUCUAUUUUAUAUAAUUAUGCUCAUUACUCAAACAU